AUGCCUUCUUGGACUUCCAAUAACGACGAUAAGAUGAGCAGCUGGCGGGACCAGCUCUCGCCCCGAAACCUGAGUUUCCGGGGAUUUAGAAGAGCUUCAGAGUCUGUCGCGAAAACAACCUCUUCAACCAGUAAAGAUUUCACCAUGUUGCACUAUCCAGACCGACCUACGAGGAGGAUCACUGAGGCCGAUAUUCCCAGUGACGAAGAGUGUAAAAAGUCCCUUAUUAAUAUGAGAAAGGCUUCUUUCGUGGAGCAAAUACAUCGACGGCAUGAGGUUCAGCAUCACAAACAAUUGUCUCCUGUGCGAGAACCGGCGCAAGAAGAGCUCUCACCAUUGAGACCGCCUCAACAUGAGUUAUCUCGAAUAGUACAGCCACAACCGCAACCACCGACAGAACAACCUCGCACAAUUCAACCACAGAUUGAGCAGCCUCGAGUGAUACAGGCACCUUCAGAGCAACCACGACUAGAGCAUCCUCAAGCACAGCAACCGUCGCGAUUAACUUUUGGACCGUUUAAUGGACAAUUCCGAUCUGCCUUCGGGCCACUUACACCCGCUGAAGAGGAGCCAUGCCCGCUAGAAAAGGUCGACACAGUUGAGUCUACAGCAACAGCAAAACCACAAAACUCACCCCAGGUUCCCCAAGCUUCUGUGGCCAUUCGAAAAAGUCUCUUGGUUGUUGAUGAUUUAAAUAUUGCAAGAGAGCCCUCGCCUUCUGCAGUCAUCAGCGAAGCCAAGACCAUCAAACUCGAACGAGUAGACAACCACGUUACGCCUGGCGUCUCACCAAUCCCAUCACCGCGACUAAGCGAUGCUUCAGCUUCAGGAUGGUCCAGGCGAAAACAAUCAGUUCAAAUGGUCGCUAUUUGCAGAUCAUCACAAGAUUCUCAGAAGCGCAAGCAGUCUGUUCACACAGUCGUUGUGCGACGGCCUUCCAAGCCAACGGCAGAUGCCCUCAACUCCCAUCCCGUUCACGCAUCUUCUACACAAGUCCAUGUUCGACAAGACAGCGUUUCGGACCCAAUGUGUCGCGUAUGUCACAAUGGAAUCGCUGAGACGUCUGGGACUUGUUCAAGCUGUGAGAAUGACUCCAUCACAGCCACGCCGGUCGAGAUCAGUCCCAACUUCUCUCGACUUCAUCACAAACCAACUGUCAAGAAGUACAACCGUCCUCCCCCUCUGAUUCCUCAGUCUCUCGACGGUAUCGCCAGGCUUCAUCGCCCCUCCCCUUCUCUCACCUCGGAUCCCGAAGCGAAUUCACUGUCACCGCCAGCUUCGCCAACAUCGCAUUGCAGCAGUCCAGCUGAGACCGUCAAGACAGUAGCCACGGGCCCUUCAGUCCCUCCAACCCCAAUGUCGGCCCUCUUAACACCUGAAGUGUUCAAGCGCUUCCAGGAAGAGGUUGAAUCAAGGCCCAAGGCCGAUGAUAGUCCCUCAUUCGAUGAUCCAUGGAUGAUCAAGUCCAAGACUCCCGAGGCUGCUGACGUUUACGAAGAUGACUGGGCGGAUUAUUACUUUGAUGAGCAGAACUUCAGUGACGACAAAGUCAUUAAUGGGCCAGCGCCAGGUGCGAACUUUGUCCCGAGUCCUGUCAAUCCAGGUCCUGGGUGGAUAUAA